AUGGGAGGCGACGGUGACGCCAGAGGAGCAACCAACCUCAAGUAUAACGGUACAGGAGCAAUAGGUGCAAAUCCGCUCGACAUGAAUGUCAAUGACUGGUACGAGGCUGGAGAUAUCGCGUGGAUGCUCUCAGCCACUGCUCUAGUAUUAUUAAUGAUUCCUGGCGUCGGCUUCUUCUAUUCAGGACUCGCUCGUCGCAAAUCAGCUUUAUCGCUGAUAUGGCUCUCUGUAAUGAGUGCCGCAGUAACAACCUUUCAAUGGUUCUUCUGGGGCUUCUCACUUACAUUUUCUCAUACGGCUGGUCCCUUCAUCGGUGACCUGGCCAACUUUGGAUUCCGCGAUGUCUUGGCUCGCCCUUCGGUGGGCUCGGCGCAUCUCCCGGACAUGAUGUUUGCUGUCUAUCAGGGCAUGUUCUCUGCCCUGACCGUCGCUCUCGCUACUGGCGCCGUCGCCGAGCGUGGCCGAAUGCUCCCCUGCAUCAUCUUCAUCUUCGUGUGGGCCACCAUUGUCUACGACCCCAUCGCAUGUUGGACCUGGAACCCUAAUGGCUGGUCCAACAAGAUGGGCGGCUUAGACUUUGCCGGAGGUACCCCGGUGCACAUUGCUUCAGGGAGCGCUGCUCUGGCUUACUCCAUGAUGUUGGGCAAGCGCAGUGGCCAUGGAACCCAUGAACUCAACUACCGCCCUCACAAUGCUACUCAUAUCGUAACUGGAACCGUCUUCCUAUGGGUCGGGUGGUUUGGCUUCAAUGCUGGCUCCGCUCUUUCAGCUAACCUCCGUGGUGUCAUGGCAGCUGUCGUAACUAACCUAGCUGCUUGCGUUGGUGGAAUUACCUGGUGUCUUUUGGACUAUCGUCUUGAGAGGAAGUUCUCCACUGUUGGCUUUUGUUCGGGUGUUGUUGCUGGUCUUGUCUGCAUCACCCCUGGUUCUGGCUACGUCCCUCCUUGGGCCGCUAUUAUCUUUGGUGCUCUUGGCGCUGCCGGUUCGAACUACGCUACCAAGGUCAAGUUCCUUCUCGGAAUCGACGAUGCCCUCGAUAUUUUCGCUGUUCACGGUGUCGGCGGUCUCAUCGGCAAUAUUUGCACCGCCUUCUUCGCCAGCCCGACUAUCGCUGCUCUCGACGGUUACUCUCGCAUUAAAGGUGGAUGGGUCGAGCAUCACUGGGCACAGAUGGGUUAUCAGCUUGCCGACUCGGUCUGCGGAGGCCUAUACUCUUUCACCGUCACAUGCCUCAUUCUUUUCCUUAUGAACCUUAUUCCAGGACUACGCCUACGUGUCGAUGGGGAGGCUGAGCUUCAGGGUAUCGACGACGCCGAGAUUGGAGAAUUUGCCUACGAUUAUGUCGAGCUCACCCGAGAAGUUGUUAGCGAUAUGGACAACGAGUCUGGAAGCCGAUACUCGGCUGAUCCCACGGCAUUCCAACACUACGAGAAGAACCAUAUUCCCAUGAUCGAUGCUCGCAUGUUUGGUGGUCAACCCGCCCAUGCUCCUGUAGCAUUCCCUCAGUGA